AGUCACAUGGCUACUUGUCAGCAGGCUGGAGGAGGAAACAUAAUCCUGAGGAGGAAGGCUGCUGCUAUCAGUCCGUGCAUGUUGGUCUGAGAGAGAGAGAGGGCACUCCACUCGACAAGAGGCUGAACUCCCGCACACGAUCGUCCCGAGGCUCACGCUCCACAUCUCUAACCUCUCUUCCUUUUGUCUCCCUAUCUCUCUUCUCUCCCUCUGUUUGUUUUGUCCUGCACUCUGACCAGCCACAGGUCCUCUCUUCACGGCAGAGUUCAGAAUUGCACUACAAUGUCUGCGGUGGCUUCUCUGCUGUAAGCACACAAAGGUUAUGCUGCCCAAAAGCUGUCUGAGUCCCAGCGAGAAAGAGAAGGGCUAAAGCCACAGCGAUCCAAACCAGCUUUCCAGAGCCUCUCCAGCAGCGACUCUACUCUGGAGCCAUGAGCAACCCCAGCGCGCCCAAACAGAUUACAGACGCCGUGGCAUCGGUCAUUCACAGCCCAGAGGCCCCCGCCGCCUCAUCACUACACGGGACUCCGCGCCCCGAUGAAGAGGAUGAUGGGGACCUGAACAAAGCUUUGGGCGUCCAACGCUUCCAGCAGAUCCUCAGCCCUGCUGCUGUGGUUCCUGAUGAACAGCACCACAGCUACCACGAGGAGGACAUCGAAUACCACCGUCACUCCUCUCAUCACAUCCACCGACCUCUGUCCAAGCUGCCCUCCGAGGUACGCAGGAAGAAGAAGAGGAGAAAGGACAAAGAUCACAAAAGCAGCCAAGUUCCCAGCAGUGGUCCCAUAGAGGAGGGAGAGGAUGAAGAGGACGAGGAGGAGGAGGGGACGGAGACAACUUCUGGUCCAACUGAGUCAGAGAAAGUCAAAGAUGUGGAGUUCUUUGUUUCGGAUGAAGACCACUCAGCCAAAUGUGACAAAGAGAGCCCUCACUCUACCCGUGAGCUGGAUAUCGUGCCGCAGUCCGGCGAGAGAGCAGAAACUGAAGAUGCAUCCUCCUCAGAUAAGCCGACCUCCCCCGACACUUCCAGCGCUUCUGCCCAGUCAGCUCCACCUGAACACAUACCACUGGCUCGGGUGUCCAGCCGCGGCUACGACCUACAAGAACGCCGACGCACAGGCAACAUGACGGGUGCUGAGCAAGCCAAGUACCAACGCAUCCCUACUGACGAGAGCGAGGCUCAGACGCUGGCCUCCGCUGACCUGGACGGCAUUAAAAGUCAUCGCUUCGAAGAUGUUCCCGGCGUGCGCAGACACCUGGUCAGAAAGAGCGCCAAGGGACAAGUGGUGCACACUGGCAAGGACCACAAAGAGCCGACCACACGCAGCCGUAAGCAGGAUCGAACACCACACGAGUCGUUACCAGUGGUCGUGUACCGCUCUGCCUCGCGGCAAGAAGGCGUCCUGCUGGACAUAAACUGCGGUCAAAUGGCUCGGUACCAGAAGGUGUUUGUGGAGCUGAAUGAGCUGACUAUGGACAAGAACCAGGAGAUGCAAUGGAAGGAGACAGCUCGCUGGAUCAAGUUUGAGGAGGACGUGGAGGAGGAGACAGACCGCUGGGGGAAACCUCACGUGGCCUCGCUGUCUUUCCGCAGUUUGCUGGAGCUCCGAAAAACCAUCUCACAUGGUGCUGUGCUGCUCGACCUGGACCAGAAGACUCUGCCUGGCAUCGCCCAUCAGGUGGUGGAGCAGAUGAUCAUCUCUGACCAGAUCAAAGCUGAGGAUCGAUCCAACGUCCUGAGGGCCCUGCUGCUGAAGCACAGUCACCCGAGUGAUGAGAAAGAGCACAGCAGCCCCUUUCCCAGAAACAUCUCCGCAGCUAGCCUCGGCAGUCUGAUCACACACCACCACAGUGCCAACCACACCCAUCAGCCAGAACCAUCCGUGACCGACCCGCUCAUGGGCACCACCCACGUCCCGGGGGAAACCGACACUCGCAUCGACAUGGAGAAGAACGAAGUGCAGCAGAAGGAGCCCACUUUGGCGUCCGGUAUGCAUCGGUCCAAAUCCAAACAUGAGCUGAAGCUGCUGGAGAAGAUUCCUGAAAAUGCUGAGGCCACUGUUGUCCUUGUGGGCAGUGUGGACUUCCUGGAGCAGCCCACCAUGGCGUUCGUGCGGCUGCAGGAGGCGGUGGAACUGGAGUCCGUUCUCGAGGUCCCUGUGCCGGUCAGGUUUCUCUUUGUUCUGCUGGGACCCCCCACCACCAGCAUGGACUAUCACCAGAUAGGACGCUCCAUCUCCACACUCAUGUCUGACAAGCAAUUCCACGAGGCAGCCUACCUGGCAGACGACAGGCAGGACCUGUUGAACGCCAUCAACAGCUUCCUGGACUGCAGCAUCGUGCUGCCGCCUUCAGAGAUGGGAGGCGAUGAGCUGCUGCGCUCCGUCGCUCGCUUCCAGAGGGAGAUGCUGCGCAAGAGGGAGGAGCAAGGGGGGAAGCUGUUGGCCAAGGAGCCUAAAAGCUUUGAAGAAAAAGAGGCCCUCCUCACACCUUCGAAAAAGUCAGACGACCCGUUACAGCGUUCAGGGCGCCCCUUUGGCGGCCUGAUACGAGACGUGCAACGUCGUUACCCAAAGUACCUCAGUGACUUCAAGGAUGCCCUGAACAGUCAGUGCAUGGCUGCUGUUAUCUUUAUCUACUUUGCUGCUCUCUCUCCAGCCAUAACAUUCGGAGGUCUACUGGGUGAGAAGACAGAAGGUCUAAUUGGUGUUUCUGAGCUGAUCGUGUCGACGGCGGUGCAGGGUGUCAUCUUCUGCCUACUCGGAGCCCAGCCGCUGCUCGUCGUGGGUUUCUCUGGACCCCUGCUGGUCUUCGAAGAAGCCUUUUUCAGUUUCUGCAAAUCAAACCACAUGGAGUACCUGACGGGUCGCGUCUGGAUCGGGUUUUGGCUCAUCAUCAUCGUGGUCGUCAUGGUGGCCUUCGAGGGAAGCUUUCUGGUCCGCUUCGUCUCCCGCUUCACCCAGGAGAUCUUCUCCUUCCUCAUCUCCCUCAUCUUCAUCUGCGAGACCUUCAUCAAGCUUGGCAGGAUCUUCAAGGAGCACCCGCUGAAACGUUGCUCCCUCGACAACAGCUCGUCGACAGAAAACGCCACACUAGUGCUGAGCAACAGCACCCAGUCGGUGAAGGUGACGGUCCGAGGCGAGCCCAACACAGCGCUGCUCUCUCUGGUUCUCAUGGCCGGGACGUUUUUCAUCGCUUUCUACCUGCGGAAGUUCAAGAACAGCGCGUUCUUUCCUGGAAGGUUUCGUAGGAUGAUUGGAGAUUUCGGCGUACCAAUCGCCAUCCUCAUCAUGGUCCUGGUGGAUUACAGCAUAAACGACACAUACACACAGAAACUGAGCGUUCCUGCGGGUUUCUCUGUGACGAGUCCCUCGAAACGUGGCUGGAUCAUCAGUCCUCUGGGUACAGACGGUGAAUUCCCCAUCUGGAUGAUGUUCGCCUGCUGCUUGCCCGCUCUGCUGGUUUUCAUCCUCAUCUUCAUGGAGACUCAGAUCACGACCCUGAUAGUGAGUAAGAAGGAGCGGAUGCUGGUGAAGGGUUCUGGUUUCCAUCUGGACCUGCUGCUGAUCGUGGUGCUGGGCGGCAGCUCGGCUCUGUUCGGUCUGCCGUGGAUGGCGGCGGCGACCGUUCGCUCAGUGACCCACGUCAACGCCCUAACUGUCAUGAGUAAGGCCGUCGCCCCCGGAGACAAGCCUCGCAUCCAGGAGGUGAAGGAGCAGAGGGUGACGGGGCUCCUGGUGGCCAUCAUGGUUGGUAUGUCCAUUUGGAUCGGUGACCUGCUGCGUCAAAUCCCCCUGGCGGUGCUGUUUGGUAUCUUCCUCUACAUGGGUGUGAUGUCCCUCAAUGGUAUCCAGCUCACAGAGCGGAUGAUGCUGCUGCUCAUGCCACCAAAGUACCACCCUGACCACACCUACGUACGCAAGGUCCGUACGCUGCGUAUGCACCUCUUCACCUGCGUCCAGCUGGUGUGUUUGGCGGCCCUGUGGGCCGUCAUGUCGACCCAGGCGUCUCUAGCUUUCCCUUUCGUCCUCAUCCUCACCGUCCCUGUCAAGAUGUUCCUGCUGACCCGCAUCUUCACCGGCAGAGAGAUUGCAUGCCUGGAUGCGGACGACGCAGAGCCGAAGUUUGACGAGCGUGACUGUCACGAUGAGUACUCGGAGAUGCACAUGCCUGUGUAACCCACAACAAACCCCUCGUGUUACCACUCAGCUCCUCUUAUAGCGGACACUGCGGAAAUCUGUCGAACCAAUGAGUCUUUCAAACGUGGAAGCGCUCAUCACUGAUGAUCACCGUGCAUCGCUGGCCCUCUUCAUCAUCACUUAGACUUGAAUGCACAGUAUGUCAGAGGCCCGGUUGGUUGUUACUUUAAAUAUUUAAGUGUCAGAUUAUCAGCGGGGGUGAGUGUAAUCUAGCAGAGGAGAUCAAACAGAUGUGUACUCACUCAUGAUACACCUUUUUUUUUUAAAUACAUGUAUAUAUUUCAGGGGACAAGAGAUUCCAAAUCAAAAAUGAUGUGAUCUCGAGCUCAAAAUUAAAUGCGAUUAAAGUAGAUGAUAGUCUGAUUAAUUUUUAACCCUGAAAGGUUGCUCUGAUUCACAUUGAAUAUGUAGAGGAUAAAUGGGAUUUAUUCUUUUAUAUUAACACGCUGAGUUAUCGCUAUUCAAGUUUGUCGCUUUUUUUUUUCUCUCUCUCUCCAUGUUUUAACCUCACUAAGCGCCUUAUGAAGAAAAUGAAGAUAUACUGAGGUGUUUGUUUUCCCCCCUCAUCCUGUCUUAUUUUAGACAGCUGAUCCACUUUACCCGCCUCCCGAAGCUCGUAGCACUUUUUUUAAGACACCAAAUCUGAACAAUGACUGUAUUUUAUGUAAUUUUAUUAUCAUUUUAUCUCCUUAGCGUCCUCUAAAGUCCCUUAAAUAUCAGUGUUGCUUUAUUUAGCUUCUUAAAUGAGUAUCUGUGAGUGAUUUUCAGCUUGUCUUUCUUUUUCUUUUGUACUCAAACGCAGCAGUUUAGAUAAUAGUCGGGCUUUUAUGUCAAAUUCACCAGCAGAGGGAGAUCAUGCAGGACUGUGAUGACGACAUACCAAAAAAAAAAAAUACAGUACAUUUCUCAUUACACUAAUGCCGUGACAUCAUGUUUAUCAUCAUAUUUUCUUUUAGUGACACAGUGGCAUAAUGAAUAUACUCUAAAUGUCUCCACGCACAUGUUUAGGGCACUAAUGUAGAGUUUGUUUUGAAGUCUCACUAGGUGUGGUUGAUUUUUACGGGAAUAACUUUAAUUUAUUUGGUUUUCUUUCCAAGUGUGCCAAAUGUCUCAUGUAAAUAGUUCAGAACAAUAAGCUGCAGUUCAGCCAUCUCACAUCUCCUAACACUGCUGUUAGCCUAAAAAUAAAUAACAUGUCGUAGCACAACAUUCCUCGUUUGAUAUUUUUUUUGUUUUUGGCAUCGACUAACGCGUUUAAACAUUUCAUUCACAUGUGAACUUGGUCGACCAAAUUUCCACACAAGCUGUGUAGACAAUCUCAAUAAUAAUGCAUCACUGAGAGGGAAGGAUUUUAAACACAGACAGUAUAUAUAUGUAUUUUUUUUGUUUUGUGUCAUGUUGUAUCAGUGUGACAUGGAUUGGUUAAAGCUUUGACUGUGUCAAAUAACUUAAAUUUGUCGGUCCUCUGUUACUCUCAAGUUUGUAUUUCGGACGCUACAUUUCCCUCCGAACCGUUCCCAUCUCAGCCUGACUGUCGUUGUGAUCUUGUGCCUUUUUGUCGUCACAACAAAGAUGCACAAAAUCUCACAAAAGUGCCUGUGGGACCAUGAAGUGAUCCGCAACAAAAGUGUCUGCUGUGUUUUGUAAGGAUGACACACGUGUUACAAUAGUUUGCACUUUCGAGACGCUCAGAAAUCAAACAUCUCUCCAUUAUUUAUCCGAUGCAAUAUCAGGCAUUAUCGCUGUUUUUAUUUUGAAGGUUUUAUUUGGAGUAUGUCACAGAAGUUUUUCUCUUUUUUAAUGUACACACACAUGCACACAUUUUGCUGAAUCAUGAAGGGGGUGUUAAUGAGAAGUACAGUGUCAGUUUUAUGUUUGCUUAUCGUGCCUGUGGAUGAAGUGAUGGUAGUCUGUGUAUGCCAAAGUAUCUGUCAAAGUCGUGAAAUGCUGAUACGAUGUGUUGUUCCAUUUCAAAAAGCAAUACAAAGUCCGAGAGGCUAUUGCUGAUGUUCCCUUGUACAUUAAUGGUUGAAAUAUUGAUGACAAAUAAAAAAAGUUAUUUUCUAUUUA